AAUAUCCGUUACAGAUAUACUUAUUUAAAUGGGUAUUUCAGAAGAAACGACGUACAUACAUAAGUACAUACUUACGUAUGCAAAUACUUAAGUAUGUAUGAAAGCAACGACACUUUUACGUUGGCUACGAAUAUUCCCCGAUACUGAAAUAGAAAGCUUCGAAAAAUUAGGUACAUUAAAAUUCUACAGUUGCCUUUUAGUGAAUUUUUUGUGCAUACAUUGAUUCGAAACAAUUCUGAAUAAAGAGUGAAAAGUAGAAUUAAUAAAUAUGGGUCAAGCAAACGUUGAAAAACUGGUUUCUAAGCUAAGGUACAAUGUUAGACCAACACCACGUAAGUUAAAGAAUCCGGAUGGUCCAGAAGGAAGAUUGCGGAAAAUUCAGAAAACAUUAACUGCUGUAAUUAAUUACGAGAGAAUCGAGUUGAAUUACGCGAGAGCAGACGAAACGAGAGGUUAUGUUGAACGAUUAAUCUCAGAAGCAUUGCGUUAUGGACCUGAACACAAAGAAACGAUGGAGCUUGCAAAUUUUUGGAUACUAGAGAAACAACUUAUUCAUAAGCUUUUCAAAGUACUUGUACCAAGAUAUCAAAAUUAUACAACUUCGUUUACAAAGAUUCAUAAUGCACCAUGUAUAUAUCCUGGGUUUGGAUAUAAAAGGGCUGUAUUAGAAUUAAAAGGAAAUGUGUAUCCCACUGUAGAACAGUCCAAUCCACAUCAGUAUAAUUUACUUCAUAAUAUGUUACUUGAUGCAGCUAGAAAGGAAUAUAGAAUGCAAAAGUAUAAAGAAAUAGCAGAAAACAAGAGCUUCUAA